UAAAUUCCUUGUGUUCGAAGUUAAAAACUGAUUCAGAGUGCAUAUAAUAUAAUGGUACACAAAGUCAAUUUAGACUUAAGAAAUAACAAGUUUUGUGUUGAAGUCAAAAGGUGUGUUUGUAUAUUUUAUAUGUAACAAAGCAAAACCUGUCUGUAAGCAUGACGAAGCAACACAAUCAAAACUUUCUCUCUUCCAACCCCAUCAACGAUGUUGUUUACACUACUUCAAUACCUCCGCUAAGGUAACAAUGGUUUCUGAUACAAUCACUGCCCCCUAUGGCUCUUGGAAAUCACCCAUCACUGCUGAUGUCGUCUCCGGUGCUUCCAAGAGGCUUGGUGGAACCGCGGUAGAUGGCAGUGGUAUGCUCAUUUGGCUUGAGUUGCGUCCGACUGAAUCGGGACGGGCAGUUCUUGUUCUUGAGCCGCAAAAUCCAGGGGGCGGGGCUGUAGAUAUUACUCCGAAGGAAUUUGGAGUGAGAACAUUGGCUCAGGAAUAUGGUGGUGGUGCUUUCACUGUUUCAGGAGAUGUUGUCUUUUUUGCUAACUACAAGGAUCAGAGAUUAUACAAACAAUCCAUCUCUUCUCUUGCAGAUGUGUCUCCUAUCCCUCUCACUCCAGAUUAUGGUGGACCGACCGUAAGCUAUGCAGAUGGAGUAUUGGAUACUCGCUUUAACCGUUUUAUUGCUGUAAGGGAAGAUCGUAGGGAAAGCAGUCAAAAUCCUAGUACGACUAUUGUAUGUAUAGCACUUGGCAACAAGGAUGUUCAGGAACCAGAAGUACUAGUUGGUGGGAGUGAUUUCUAUGCUUUCCCACGUCUAGACCCUAAAAGUGAGAGAAUAGCAUGGAUACAAUGGAGUCACCCCAAUAUGCCAUGGGAUAAAUCAGAACUUUGGGUUGGUUAUAUUUCUGAAAAAGGAGAGAUCUACAAGAGUGUCUGUGUAGCUGGGUACGAUCCUUCAGUUAUAGAGUCUCCAAUUGAGCCCAAGUGGUCUUCAGAUGGGGAACUUUUCUUCAUCACGGAUAGGGAAAGCGGUUUUUGGAAUAUCCAUAAAUGGAUCGAGUCAGAAAAUAAGGCCGUGCCUAUUUAUUCUUUAGAUGCCGAGUUUGCAAGGCCACUAUGGGUUUUCGGUAUGAAUUCUUAUGAAUUUAUGCAAACUCCCAAACAGAAAAAAUUGAUUGCUUGCAGUUACAGACAGAAGGGGAAAUCAUAUCUCGGUAUUAUCGAGGAUGUACCGGGCUCCAAACUAACCGUGCUUGAUAUCCCUUUCACUGAUAUCGAUAACAUUACUUCUGGUACUGAUUGCCUAUUUGUGGAAGGAGCAUCUGCAGUUCAACCAUCAUCAGUGGCCAAGGUGACUUUAGACGACAGUAAAUCAAAAGUAGCCGACUUCAAUAUUAUUUGGUCCUCUUCACCAGAUAGUUUAAAAUAUAGUUCGUACAUCAGUGAGCCCGAGUAUAUUGAAUUCCCAACUGAAGUUCCUGGGCAAAAUGCUUAUGCAUACUUUUAUCCACCAUCUAAUCCUACGUACCGAGCCGUUGAAGGAGAAAAGCCUCCAUUGCUAUUGAAGAGCCAUGGAGGGCCAACGAAUGAAACACGCGGAGUUUUAAAUUUGAGCACUCAGUACUGGACUAGUCGGGGUUGGGCAUUUGCCGAUGUUAAUUACGGUGGCAGCACUGGUUAUGGCAGAGAGUACAGAGACCGACUUUUAGGACGCUGGGGAAUAGUGGAUGUCAAUGACUGUUGUAGUUGUGCUACAUAUUUGGCGAACAACGGAAAAGUUGACAGGGAGCGGCUGUGUAUAACAGGAAGCUCUGCUGGUGGAUAUACUACCUUAGCAGCACUUGCUUUUAAAGAUACUUUUAAAGCCGGUGCAUCUUUGUAUGGUGUAGCUGACUUGAAGUCAUUGGUAGAAGAAACUCAUAAAUUUGAAUCUCACGACAUAUAUAAUCUAGUUGGAGCUGAUGAGGUGUGGUUCGAAAGAUCCCCGAUCAAUCACGUUGAUAAAUUUUCUUGUCCAAUUAUUUUAUUUCAAGGAUUGGAAGAUAAGGUUGUGCCGCCAAGUCAAGCUCGAUUAAUUUACCAGGCUUUGAAGAAAAAGGGUGUGCCAGUUGUGCUUGUUGAGUAUGAAGGAGAACAACACGGUUUCCGAAAGGCGGAGAACAUUAAGUAUACACUUGAACAACAAAUGGUUUUCUUCGCGCGAGUGAUUGGAGGCUUCAAUGUUGCUGAUAACAUCAUUCCCGUCAAAAUUGAUAACUUUGAUUGAGAGGUAAGGUUCCGCUUGAAACUGUUGCACUGAUGAUGCUGUUUGUAGCGAUUCUGCCAAGAGUGUGCAUUGCAGAGUUUCUACUACAUUUUCUCAAAUCAAAUUAUGAUUAUGAUUAUGGUAUUUUGAACCUGUUCUGGAAAUGCAGCAUGUAUUUGUCGUCUAGAAUAUCAGUUGUGCAUAGACAAAGUAAGUAAUGAAUCAUAAACCUUGAAGCUUUGAAAUAGUAUGCUUACAAAGGUGCAAUAAAUAACACUGCUCUUUAUUUGUUUUCUCUUAUGUAUGAAUGUUAAUUGGUACCAACUAGUCUUUGAUAUAGCUCAGUCGGGAGUCCCAAAUAUACUUGCUGGAUUAGUAAUCACCAUCAUGAAUGGAGGAACCUUGUAUUACUAUCGGCAAACAACAAUAACCUUUGCCGCUUGGCCAUCAAAGUCAUUACUUGGAACAUACAAUAGCUAUUGGGAAGGAAGCCUCUGGCAGUACAGGUUGCAAGUGAUCCUCACUAGUUACUCCUCGAGGAAGACCAAAUAUUCUACUUGCGGCGGAUGAAAUGGGAUUGACCGGUAGAAACCAAUAUGAAUAAACUCAAACGUCUUUGCAUCGAGCAAGUCCUAGACUCUUCGUACCUCAACACCUUAUAAGGCUUGGAAUUAUGAUUAGGUGCCCCCAAAAUGAAAAACACCGAAUAUUGUCAACGAAAUUAAGAGAGUUGUCUGUGGUGAAGAAGACCCAAAGCAUGACUCUUAACCAUCUGUGUUAUUAUGCAUGUAUAUGAUAUCCAAUGGGUAGAAUAUAUGCUAGGUGCUCUUAAUUUCAAAUUUCCAUAACUUUGUAUGUAAGGGUUUAUGUAGAAACCCAUGGAAUUGAAUGAAGAAUCAUGUUUUUGUUGUUGUGUUGAUAACCAUGAUAGAACCAUGAUUAGGAAUCUAUCUAUGUAUGAUUAAUGGCUGUUUGGAUGUGUUCUUGUGGUUCAAAACGAAUUUUUGAAAGUGCUGUAAAAAAGGGGAUUUUCCCAAAGUGGCGUCGCGUGCAUGAGGACGCGCGUAGCGUGACCUGUUCUAGAAUUUUGUGAUUUUUGAUUUUUUACUUUGGGAUCCUGUAUGCUUAUGUUUUAUGAGGGAUUUCCAUAUAUUUUGAUAAUUUAUUCAAUGAAGAUUGGAUAGAUUUGAAUCGAAUUUGUAUGUAUACAUGAUACUUGAUUUUUAGAAUAUGUAUAUGAUGUUUUGGUGAUUGUUGAGGAUAACAUUAGUUGGCUUGUAUGCUAUGUGUUAUGUAUGAUUGACUAAUACUAUGUGAAUGCUUUAUUGAUGAUGUAUCAUGUAUGUAUGUUGUGCAAUGUUUUGGUGGAUAAUUUGAUGUGUUCUAUUAUUGUGAUAUGCUUGGAUAAUUAAGGUUGUGUGAUAAUCUUAUUUGCAUAUAUUGUGAGUCUUGUUGCACAUGCAUUCAUGGGGCGAUUGUACUCCGGUUUGUGACUUUGAUCCUAGUGUAGAAACGGAAGCGCUGGACUAUAUGUUCAUAUUGUGGCUUGGAUCCUAGUCCGAAUCAGAAGCGUGACUUUGAUUAUAAAAAUGAAUCGAAAGCUAAGUGAGCUUGAUGUUCACAUCGGUACCACAUGCAUGAGUCACAUUAAAUUGCAUUGGAGUCACAUUUGUUUCUAUGUGAUGUGUGAACUUGAUGUGUGCUUAUGUGAUAUUUGGUAAUUGUGAUCGUGGUGGAAUAUCAAUGAUAAUUGUGCUAUGUGCGAU